AUGGCCGAAUUUUCAAGUUUCUAUUCCUCUCUGUACAAUUCAAGGGGUUUGACUACUCCGAGACUGGUCGAGACGCCUACAGCUCCUCCUAAUCCACAUGUCGACAGCCCAGUGCCAUUUUCACUACUGGAAACACCCACUGAGCUGGUAGGCACCCCUGCGACUCUGAACCCAAGCGUGGGUAUCCCCUCAGUAUCUCCCGCCCUUUGUUACCGUUACCUUCACAAGGAAAGUGUGGAAGCCGUCCCACAGCAGCUACCGUACCCCAUGCUACCUGGGUACCCUGGGUACCAACCUCCCUUCUUGAGACCUAUGUCUCCAAUAAUGAAGCACCCCUUGUUUGGGUACACACCUGAGACAAAUUCUCAACAAGUUCCUUACUGGCCGCCAUCUCAGAUACCGUUCCCGGAAAAAGAGGAUCCCGAUAUUGAAGUAGUUUAUGAAAACAUCCAUGUACCAAAUUGUUAUAAUCCGAGCUCCCCGCAAAAGGCACCGAAUAGUUCCAACUUGUGCUCCACAAAAAGUCAAGAAUCGCAAAACAAGAGUGUCCCAAAUUCCUCACAAAAGAAUGCUAACAAAUGCCAAUUGUUUGAAGAUCAAAAAUGCGCCAACUCAGGAAAAGACCAAACAAUAUUCAAAACAGUGAGAAGAAGAGUGAAACACGAAACAAUUUGCGCCAAUGCGCUUUGUAAGCGAGCUCUACUUCCGGGAAAGUUUAAUGUUCACCCUGUAACUAAUGAGAAUGUUUGCAUUGAAUGCUGUUGGUAUUAUAAAAGAAAUGGUAAAGACCGAGAAGUGAUUUUAAUGAGGAGAAAAAUAGAUGCAAAGAGAAGGGCCGAAAAGCUUGAAACAAAUUGCUCAAAUACAUUCUGCAACCUACCACUACCUCCGGGAAAACACGCCACUCAUCCUAUCACUAAGGAGAAAAUUUGUGUUGCUUGCUAUGCCUACUAUGAAAUAACUGGAGGGACCGGAGAUAGUGUAGGAGCAAAAAUAAAGCAAAAGAACGCUCAUGAAGAUCCAACAAAUGGAAAGGGGGUGGCAUCUGCCGAUAUUCCAGAAUCACCCACUAAGCUUAUAACAGUGCUUACGUCGGAACAUGUCCCAAUAAUAGAGCCCACUCAAAAUUUUGAGCGCUCCAAGCAGAACUCAGAUUUUGGUGCGUGGACCACUGCUCUAGCAUCAAACACAGAAAAUCCUGCUAUUUGCUGCCAAGAAGAAAGUAUUGCUCAUCAACCAGGGAAGCAACAGAAGGAUGCGCAGAGCGACAAAUGCGCUAACAAUCUCUGUAAGGGAACACUUUUUCCGCGAAACAUUAGGUAUCAUCCUAUUACUAAGGAGAAGAUUUGCAGAACAUGUUAUAAUUACUACAUAAAAGAAGGAAAAGACCGAGGAACAGAGGGAAGAAAAGAGCAGUAUGAGAUAAGUUGUGCCAACACAUUCUGCAAAAAGCUAAUCCAUCCAAAAAACUUGAGAACUCAUCCUGUGACUGAGACGAAGAUUUGCUAUUCCUGCUACAUUUAUUAUAAAAGAAAUGGAAGAGACCGAGAAGUGAUCCAAAUUCAUACAAGAAGAAAAGAGCAUGAAACUAACUGCUCUAUUCCGUCAUGCCAUUCUCUUAUUACACCAGACUCGGCAUCAUUCCACUUGCCUUCUACCGGAAUGUUGGUGUGCUGUAACUGCUACAAGUUAUACUUGAAAAGUGAGUACGAGAGAGUAAUUGCGGCAGAAAGAUUAGCAGUGAAUGAAAAAUCGGAAUGUGAUUCACCGCUACCUGAAGGUUGUAAAAGCUCAGUGGGAAACAAUUCAGCACCAGUAUCAGAUUUGAAUGAAGAUUUAAUAGAAAUUGAAUCCUCUGACGACCAGGCUAGUCCAAACAUCUCGGAAGACAUUGUAGAAGAGUGUCCAGUGCAAUUAGAUCUUGAAAACCCCGCCCAGAUUACACAUGAAAAUAUAAUACAAGAACCUCCGAAAGAAACAUGCGAAAAAUGCAUGGAACUUAUACGGCGGAAACCUAUCAUGUUUGUUAAAUUAGGAGUCCGGACAAAGCUAUGCCAUGACUGUUAUAAGAUAGUCCGCUCUGCUCCGCAAUCUGAGGAGCCAGUAGGUCAAGAAGUCGCUGCAAGUCGAAGUAAAAAAUGCACCACAUGCAACAAAUCUAAAAAAAGGAAACGCAAGGUAUUUGCCGGGCAACAAAAAAACAAGUUACGUACCCAUCCGGAAACAGGAGAGCUGACAUGCCGGGGAUGUUUAAUGAAGUACUAUAGGAACGAAAAACAAAAAGAGAAGAUGUUCGGCAGGGUGCCGAACACGAAUAAUAGUCAGGAGGAUACAUUGCAAGGUGAUAAUAAUGAAGAACAAGUUGAUGGUCGACAAGAAACGGAGCAGAACACCCCCUGUGCCAGUUCCAGCCAAGAAUGUGAAUCAAAAAGCUUGACAAAUGUGUCUUCGGCGAGUCCAACGACCAUCCCGAAUAAUAUAACUUCUGAUUAUUCAAAUCACAUUCAACCAGUGAAUCAUAACCAUGGAACUCAAUGGCAUUUUUCUGAUAUCUAUCGGAGUCAACAACUCAAAGAUUCACAAGAAUACAAUUUUGACCACGAUCCAAAUCCCAUCCCUCCACUUCAAUAUCAAGAACCAACCAAUAUCGCAGACAAUUAUAUGGACAAACGUGAGGCAUAUCACCAUGAAAUGCAUUUCAACAGUAGUUAUGGCAUUUCCAAUACCUACCAACCUCAGCAUGGUUACGCUUUUCCCAUAGACGCUUCUGAAGAUUCUGCAGAAACCGUUUCGUAUACAACAUUGGAGGCAGUGCCCAGCAUCUCUUCUUCAUUUGUGAGAAAGGACUUGGAGCAUUUUGUUGAUAACUGUGAAAAACUGAACGAUGAUAAUUUUUCGGAUCAGGCAGAGAAGGAUACGCAGGUUGACAAUUCAUGCCCUAUUGACGCUUGUGAUUUUCAAAGUGAGAGCAUCCAAAAACAGCCCGAUGAGGAGGAAAACAAAGAAUUAUCACCCGAAAAGGAAAACUGCGCCAAUACGAUUUGUAGGUCUACACUACUUCCGCAAAAAAAUGCUGUUCAUCCUGUCACUAAAGAAAAGAUUUGCACUGCCUGCUUUAAUUAUUACAAAAGAAAUGGAAGAAACCGAGAAGUGAUCGUAACAAAGAGAAGAAGAGAAAAACAUGAAACUCAUUGCGCCAACACCUUGUGCAAGCAAUUACUACUUCAAGGAAGAAACGUCGUUCACCCUGCCACUAAAGAGCGGAUUUGCGAUCUUUGUUAUGACUACUUCAAAAGAAAUGGACGUGAUCGAGAAGUGGUAGCAGGAAAAGUGAAGAAAUUCAAGCGUGAUAAAUAUGAAAGUGAAUCAGAUACGACGUCCAUAUCUUCUGACGAUUCUUCAAUUGAAGAGUCUUCAGAAUCAGAUAGCGAUUCUGAUUCAUCUGAAAUGGAUUGCGAAUAA